CCUCGGAUGUUGGGAUGUGGUGCCGUCUCCUAGACAAGUUAGUUGCUACAGCAGCAUCAGCGAACGACACAGACAAGAGAGAUGGAGGACUUUGAAGAUGUGGAAGAGGCUCCGCCCUCCAACGAAGAGCUGAUCCCCUGUAAAAUUUGUGGAAGGAGCUUCUUCACUAAAGUCCUGAAGAAACAUACCCCAAUCUGUCAGAAAGCAGCAGCUAAGAAGAGGAAGGUGUUUGACUCUGGCAGGCAGAGAGCUGAGGGAACAGAGAUCUCCACUAUCAAACCUAUCAAAUCUAAGUCACACACUUCUACCACCACUGCUAAGACUGUGAAACCGGAGCCUCCUAAGAAGCAGUCUAACUGGCGCAGGAAACACGAGGACUUCAUUGCCACCAUCAGAGCUGCCAAGGGCAUCACUCAGGUCAUGAAGGAUGGGGGACCCUUACCCCCUCCUCCACCACCCUCCUACGACCCAGAUUAUAUCCAGUGUCCAUUCUGCGAGCGGCGGUUCAGUGAGAAUGCAGCAGACAGACACAUGAAAUUCUGUAAGGAGCAGCACGCUCGCAUGCAGAAUAAGGCCAAGGUACCUGGGGUUGUGGACACCAAGAAAACACCUGCACGCACACAGUUCAAGCCUCCUGCUCCUGUGAAGAAGGCUAACUCUCCUGCUGUGUCCGCUGUGCCCUCUUCCUCCCGUUUACCCCAGAGAUCUGUCCUGGGCCAGCCCUCCGGGAUUUCAUCCAGUAAGGUUCCCUCUGCAGGAUCAGUGAGGAGCGCUCCGUCUGGUUACUCUCCUAACCGCAGCGCCACUUCUGGCCUCACUAGUCCACCUUCAGGUGUUGGAGGUAAGCCCCGUCCAGUAGGUUCCUAUGGCUCUGUGAAAAUCUCUCAGACAGCAGGGGGACUCAACAACAGGAAAGCCUACAACACAGACAAAUACAACUCCAGGAGCGAUGGCAAAAGUGAAAACGUGGAUAAUGGGGGAAUGAUGACAAAGUUCUGCCACGAGUGUGGAACACAGUACCCUGUAGACUGGGCCAAGUUCUGCUGUGAGUGUGGGGUCCGUAGGAUGUGUAUUUAAAGGAGGAGAGUGAGGGAUAGAGGUGAGGGAUAGAGGAGUAGAAGAGAGAGAAAGGAGUAGGAGGAUAGAGAAAAGGGGGAAAGAUAAGUGGAGAGGAGGGAAAUAGGAAAUUAAAUUAAAGAAGGGUUGGAACCCUGGGCCAUGAUGCUGUUAUGACACUUACCUAGUUAAAAUAGUGCACGGCAAGCAGGAGUUCUCUCCCCCCCCUCAUAAUUUCGUAAAGUCAGUUUGAUAUCAGCCCUCAUAACUGUUAAUGUCAUUAUUAUGACAGUGUUAUGUAGGCUUUACUACAGAAGAGUCGAGCACAUAAUUACCCCAAAUGUCCACCCUAACCCAUUCUUAUCCCAACCACUGCCUAUGUACCAUGAUCUACAAGCCCUCUCCAGUAUAACCCGAGGUAGAAACACACUCAUCCCAUCUACUCCCUCCCACCCAUUUCUCUCCUGACUCACAUAUUCAAUGUAUUAUUAUUGAAGUGCAAUAUGAUUGACUACUGAUUUAAAAAGGAGUUUAAUUCUUGAAGAUGAAUGGAAUGUGUGACGUGGCAAAGUGGACUCAUUAUUUUCAUUGAGUCAUGAGUAGAAUUAAUGUUAAGUAUUUGGAAAAUAAUACACAUGGGUUUUACAGGGACCAGUGUAAGAGCAGGUUGCCCUUUUAUUGUUAUGAAUCUUGUCCUGGAGGCAGAACUGAGGUUGUGUCUACACUUGACAAUUUCAUGCGACUUCUGCUGUCAGAAUACGAAGAUCGCAUUGAAAAGACGGGUCUAGACGCACAAAAGGCGCUUUGUGGUCUAAUUGUGUUCACAUCUGAAGUGGUCAGGGAUGCAUUGUGUGUGGAUUUCUCCUCAGUCUGGACGCAAUCAGGCUACAGAAAGCGCAAACAGUGGGCAACAUCAUCAGCACUCCUCCACCAAAUCUCCAGAAAACGUGUGUUUUGGGACAGAGAGGCACCUUUUCAUUAUAACGUUGUAGUGAAAACGUUCUUAGUGUGAGAGGAAUGUGUUUUCUGGCUUCAAAUGGUAGCCAAAUAGCUAAUAUUUAGAAAACCAGUUUUGUUUGGCGAGCGUUAUCCCGUUUGCAGUCUCUUUAGUGUUGCUCACUAUCUUGCUGGCUAGCUACAGAGGUUAGCUAGCUAGUGAGCUACAGAGGUUAGCUAGCUAGUGAGCUACAGAGGUUAGCUAGCUAGUGAGCUACAGAGGUUAGCUAGCAUGUGAGCUACAGUAGUUAUUCUCAUAUUUUGCCUAUACCACUGCUUGUAGAAUGCACACUGUCAUUUGAAUAUGGUGUGAAAAAAAGGAAUCCGGACACACUGUGGACACGGUAGACACAUUUAAAUGUAGGUGUAGACACAUGAGCUGAUCAGAAUGCAAAAGCUGCAUGAACUGUCAAGUCUAGACACAGCCUGAGUGAUUUCCCCUGAGGACAGAUGCAAUGUCAAAAUUGUCUAUAUUGUAAGAAUUCAUGAAAACAAAAAUGAGCUUUUUGGUCUUCAUUUAGGGUUAGGCAUUAGGUUUAGCGGUGUGGUUAUGGUGAGGGAAAGGGUUACAUUUCAAAUCAGAUUUUAUGACUCUGCAGAGCUGCCUCCAGAACAAAAUGUAUGAAGAAAAAACACUCCACUAACAUGCAGCAUAAGAGGCCAUUGCAGUUUAAAUAGUUGUGGUUCAGGUCAGGUUUUUAAAAUGAUUUUAAAGGCAGCAGUUUCAAUACACAGUAUAACAUUUCCGAUACAAUUAUACGAUACAAGGUGUUAAAAUUGACCAUCAUUCAUAUACUGCUAUUUCCACAUACUGUAUACAAGGAAAUGGGUUCAUUUAUUUCAUCGCUCUGUGUUUGUUUUAACUAAGAAAUCAAAAUGUAUUUUUUUCAUGGUUUUGUGAAAGAUGUUUUCUGUAUCUACCUACAUGUGUUUUGUGUUUCCUUCAGUGAGUACGAUUACGUGCAUACAGUAAUACGACAAUUGUGGAUAGUCAGAUUAUCUGAUGGCACUCUGAUAAAUGUAGAAAAUCGCCAAUCAAAAUAUCUAUGUUCUAUCACAGUGACCAUGUUAGUUUUGGGAAGCAUAUUUGAUUCUGAGUUCAGACAUAUAACGUUUGUAUGUGAAAACCACUUCUCAAACUCACUUCACUCACAUUAAAGUGGGAGGCUCGCUUAGCUGGUGCCCAACACGUGCUGAUCAAAUACACGGCUGGAACACAGAUUAAGGUGUUUACAUGUCCUAAUAAUUUGAAAGAUUACUCAGAAAACCGUAUGCUUACUUAGAUUUUGACCGUACGCCGAUUUAACAUCAGAAUAAGGUGUUUUACAUUACUACUGCAUAGUCUGCCAACUGCAAUAGUCUGUUUUAGUAUCGUUCUUACUGUGCAUGUAAACGUACUCUGUGUUAAUUUUGAAUCACUAUUGAAUGGGAUAAUCUGGGAUUUAUGGUACAGGCCGGUACAUGCACGGACCAGUCCUCACCAACACUGUCCCUGCAGGUCACAUUCAUCCAGUUGCCCAGACCACAUCAAUGAUCUUCAAUCAUGGUCCUGGACCCCACAGGCUGCGCAGGCUUUUGACCUAGCCCGGCACUAACACACCUAUUUCUACUGUUCUUGAUGAGGCUCAUGGUGGUUCAUUUAGCUGAAUCAGUGUGUUAGUGUUGGGCAGGAACAAAGGCCUGCACACACUGCUGCCCACCAGUAAGACUGUAAAGACAUCUACCCAACUCAUGAUAUGGGUAAAUAAUAAUUUUACACUAUAAGGAACUCAUCUAAUUUCAUACAUAUCAUUAAUGUUAUUGUAGUCAUCUUUAUAUUGAGCUGUAUCGAAACAUCUUAAUUUGUGUCAUUUUAAAGAACUUGCAAUGACUGUAAAUGCACCCUGAUGCAAGCAUUAUUUAGAUGAUAUGCAAUGCUUACCUGACUGGAUAGGACAUUCCUAUGCUGGAAAUUGACUGUCGGACUUCCGUCCUGAACAUUUAACAAUAAACAUUUCUAAAGAA